GUCGGUAGCUUAAAAAUAUUGGUACACCAAGCGUCGUCCAUCACUAAAAACAAAGCAGGAAACCAAAACAAAAAACAAACACGUUAAAAUGCGCCGCCGAGAGUUACAAACUAUACAACUAAAACUCUCCGAGCUUAAGGAGUAUGAGCAGGCCAAAAUGGAGCGUGCAAAGGCACGCCAGCAGGUGUCAUCGCCACGCACGCCCACACCCACCUCAGACAGCGAAAUUAUGUUGCUGCCAUCGAGCAGUGUGCCGACAAUUUUAUUGGCCAACAACAGCAACAAUGUCGGCGAUGAUGCCGACAGAACGGCCAAGGAGUGAAGAGAUUCAUAAGUUCCGCUUAUAAUAUAUGUUGGCCAUCAUCAAGGAAUCAAUACACAAUAUAUAUAUAACUACUUGACUUUAUACCUCGUAACACUAUAUGCAAAAUAUAGUUUUAUAUAUAAAACACAAUUCAGAUUAAAUUUUGUAAGCACUCGUAUAUAG